AUGAAUGGAUACAGAGGACCUGCUAAUGGAUUCAGAGGAGGAUAUGAUGGUUACUGCCCUUCAUUCUCUACUAACACUCCAAACAGUGGUUAUACACAAUCUCAGUUCAGUGCUCCCCAGGACUACUCUGGCUAUCAGCGGGAUAGAUAUCAGCAGAAUUUCAAGCGAGGCUCUGGGCAGAGUGGACCAUGGGGAGGCCCACGAGGUCAUGGAGGGCCCCCAAGACCCAACAGAGGGAUGCUGCAAAUGAACACUAAGCAACUGAAUUAA